AUGGUAAUACCACCGUGGAUAAUUAAUCCAUAUGGUGACAUAGAAGAAACGAAUGUCAUAAUACAAGAGGAACUGACUGAACUAAGUACAAACGAAGAACUUAAGGUUCAGUUUAAAAACGGAUAUCAGCAAUUCUGGAUGCAAAACAACAUACCCGUUACUUAUCCCGUAUUAUGGAAUAUAGCGAGGAAAUUUUUAGUUUCCUUUCCAUCGUCAUACCUAGUGGAAAGGGGGUUCAGCGUUGUUACCAAUCUCCUAAACGAAAAAAAGAAACAGACUGGACAUCAUUAG